AUGGAAAUUCUGAGAAAAGCUGAAAUUCAGCAAUGCGCUUCUGAAGCGCUCGAAAAAUUGGAUGAUUUUAUGGCGGGCGCCGAGGAAAAUGAGAGGUUUGUUUGAAUUGCCGCGCGUUUGGGUCUCGCAGCGCUGGGGAUAUUUACGGCGGAGUUGUGUGUAGUUCUCGAGGAGGAGAGUGCAUUUUUUUGUUUUUCGCCGGGUUUUGACCUAAAAUUAAGGGGAUUUCGAGAUUUUUAAGAAACUUAGGGUUAGAAUUAGUGUUGUUAAGGUAGUUUGGAGGGAAAAUUCGUUUUUCCAGAAAAAAUCGACGAUCUUGUGGUCGAUUUUCUGUCGUCUCAAAAAGGCCAAUGUUGUUUGCUGGAAGGAGAGCCGAAUUGUGGAAGAGAGACGAUUUUGAUGAAGGUUUUGAAGAAAUAUAGUAUUGAUUUGAGGGUGAUUAAUGUUGGUGAGUGAAAUUUGGGUGGAAAUGAUGGUUUUUGACCGGAAAUUUGUGAAAAAUAAGGUUUUUUGGGUCCUGGAGCGAAAAACUCUGAUUUCUUUUAGCAAAUUUCGAUGAUUUUUGACAAAAAACCCACAUUUUUUACACGAAAAUCAUGAAUUUUGGGUAAAAAACCCUCAAAAAUCAUCAAAUUUUCCAGGUUACGCAGCCGCCGAUCCUUUGCUCCAAGAAUCUUUGGCUCGAGAAAAUGAGCAAGACGGAGAAUAUUCGGUUUUCCUGAUUCGAGACGCCGAUGAACUCAUCAGCGGACAUCAACAGGAAUUUUUGUAUACAAUGACUGAUAAGGCGACGAGUUGCUCGUGGUUGGUGUUUUUUUCGAUUUCGAGACAGGUAUGUUUGGGAUUUUGAGGCAAAAUUCGAGAAAAACGGUCAAAAAUGACUCGAAAUUCAUGUUUUCACUGAAAAAUGGGCAAAAAUCGAUAAUUCUAAUCUGAAAUUCGAAAAAUUACGAAAAUUGACCUAAAUUCAAUGAUUUCCGAGACCUACAGUAAUUUUGAUGGUUUUUAAAGGAACAUGAGGCAUUAUAGAGCUGCAAAAAAUCCGCCCGCCGCUCAUGCCAGUCGGGUAAUUUGCCCCCCGGCCCGGCUCGAACACCCUCGAUAGACUAUGAUCGAUUUGCCCGGGUAGCCCGCACCCGUCUGCCGGUUUGCCCGAUUUGCCCGUUGCCCGUCACACCGUGCAUUUUCUUCUCUUUUUCUUUUCUAUCUCUCGUUUUUGUGCACUCUCUCUCACUGUUUUUUUGUUUUCACACGUGUGAAUGCACGGUGUGGCGGGCAAAACGGGCAAAAGAAGCAAAGGGGCAAGUUUAUGCGGGCAAACGGGCAAAUCGGGUAAACGUGAAGGCGGGUGCGGGCUACCCGGGCAAAUCAAGAAUGUGUGAGCGGGGGGCAUCGGGCAGUUUUUUUGCAGCUCUAAGGCAUUAAAUAGCCAUUUUGAGUGAAAAUUCGUUGAAAAUGACCCGAAAUUCAUGAUUUUCACUGAAAAAUGGGCAAAAAUUGAUAAUUCUAACCUGAAAAUUUGACAGAAAUUUCAAUUUUAAGCUGAAAAGUUCGAAUUUUCGGUUAAAAUUCAUCAUUUUUCCCCAAAUUUUCCAGAAUUUCGCUCAAAACCUGGAAAAACGUGGAAAUUCUCGAAUACCACGAAUUCGUGUGACUUUCGAUCAACAAACACCAACAUUCGAUGAAUAUUGCACGGCAUUUCGUCAAAUGAUUAUACCGAAAUCGUCGGAAGCCGAAAAAUCGACGAAUUUCCAGGGAUUCUACCAGGAGAUGCGCAGUGACACGUGGCUCAGAGACUUCUAUGAAUUGUACAAUUUUGAUGGGCUGAAAAAGCUGGCGGCGAUGAUUUUGAUGGAAGUUGCGAUGGGUGGGGAUCAGGUGAGUAUUUUGAGCCGGAAAUCGUGAAAUUUGGAGCAUUUUGAGCCAAAAUUCAGGAUUUUUCAUAAAAAAUGACCUAAAAUUCAUUUUUUCCAACUAUUUUUAUUCAAAAUUUAUCAUUUUUGAGGGUGAAAAAUAGCUAAAAUUUGAAUUUUGAUGAAAAUAAGCCUAGAACAACAGGCCUGAAACAAGCCUAGAAAAGCCUAAAAUGAGCCUAGAGCUAGGCCUAAACAGAGCUCAAGGCUGGGCCUAAAAAAGCCUCUAAAAUGAGCCUAAAACUAGGCCUUAAAAAACCCAGAAGCUAGGCCCAAGAUAAGCCUAAAGCUAGGCCUAAAAAACCCCAGAAGCUAGGCCUAAAAUAAGCCUAAAGCUAGGGCUAAAAUCCCAGAAGCUAGGCCUAAGAUAAGCCUAAAGCUAGGCCUAAAAUCCCAGAAGCUAGGCCUAAGAUAAGCCUAAAGCUAGGCCUAAAAAACCCCAGAAGCUAGGCCUAAGAUAAGCCUAGAGCUAGGCCUAAAAAUCCCAGAAGCUAGGCCCAAGAUAAGCCUAAAGCUAGGCCUAAAAAAUCCCAGAAGCUAGGCCCAAGAUAAGCCUAAAGCUAGGCCUAAAAAACCCCAGAAGCUAGGCCUAAGAUAAGCCUAGAGCUAGGCCUAAAAAUCCCAGAAGCUAGGCCUAAGAUAAGCCUAAGACGAGCCUAGAACUAGGCCUAAGAUAAGCCUAAAGCUCGGCCUAAGAUAAGCCUAGAGCUAGACCUAAGAAAACUCUGAAGCUAGGCUUAAAAGAACCCAGAAGCUAGGCCUAAAAGAAACCUAAAGCUAGGCCUAAGAUAAGCCUGAAACAAGCCUAAAGCUAGAUCCUAAAGCUAGGCCUUAAAAAACCCAGAAGCUAGGCCUAAAAAACCCAGAAGCUAGGCCUAAAAGAAACCUAAAGCUAGGCCUAAGAUAAGCCUGAAACAAGCCUAAAGCUAGAUCCUAAAGCUAGGCCUUAAAAACCCAGAAGCUAGGCCUAAAAAAACCAGAAGCUAGGCCUAAGAUGAGCCUAGAAUGAGCCUAAAAUUGGCCUAAAAUCAGCCUAAAUUAUGUGAUUUCAGACCAUUUUUUAUCAAAUUUUCUGAUUUUCAGGUCAACAUUACCUGAAAAUCCCAAAUUUCCUCCCAAAAAUCUCCUAUUUCUUCCAGAUUCCAACCCAAAAAACGGUCGAAAAUGCCCUAUGUUCCCUAAUGCCCUCAAAUCGUAAAUUAUCCAUCCUCCAAGAUCAAACCCUCCGAUCUCAAUGCGUUUUUCUGUGUUGUCAUCGACUUUGCCGCAAUCGCCGCGCGGAAUCCGAAUUCCUCACUCCGCGCACCACAUUCCGCACCGUAUUUUUGGAGUAUAAAAAACUCGCGAAUUUACACUAUGCGCCUUUAAAUGUCAACAAUGAUGUGUUUGUUUUUCGAGAAAUUGAGCAUUUGAUUGAAAUUGGAUUGUUGAAGUGUGAGAAGAUGGCGAAUUUCAGCAAUAUUUCGUUUAGGUAAGGGAGUUUUGGGAGAUUUUUAGGGGAAAAGCUGAAAAUUUGACUGAAAAUGAGCUAAGAAACUUGAAAAAUGAUGAAAUUUAAGCUGAAAUUCAAGAUUUUUGAUGAAUUUUGAGCUAAAAUUUUUUUUAGCCUAAAAAUCAGCAAUUUUUAGCCUGAAAUUGAUUUCAGGAUGAUUUUCUUUAGAAAUCUCAAAAUUUGACUGAAAAUAAUGAAUUUUUAGCUGAAAUUCAGGAUUUUUGAUGAAUUUUAGCUUAAAAAUUAGGAAUUUUCAGCCUGAAAUUAAUUUCAGGUUGAUUUUCCUUGGAAAUCUCAAAAUUUGACUGAAAAUGAUGCAUUUUGAGCUGAAAUUCAAGGUUUUUGAUGAAUUUUAGCUUAAAAAUCAAGAUUUUGUAGCCUGAAAUUAAUUUCAGGUAAAUUUUCUUUAGAAAUCUGAAAAUUUGACUGAAAAUGAUGAAUUUUGAGCUGAAAUUCAAGAUUUUUGAUGAAUUUUAGCUUAAAAAUCAGGUAUUUUCAGCCUGAAAUUUAUUUCAGAAUGAUUUUCUUUAGAGAUCUCAAAAUUUGACUGAAAAUGAUGAAUUUUGAGCUAAAAAUCUGGAUUUUUGAUGGAUUUUAACCUAAAAAUCAUGAAUUCUUGGCCUGAAAUUAAUUUCAGAAUGAUUUUCUUUAGAAAUAUCAAAAUUUGACUGAAAAUGAUGAAUUUUGAGCUGAAAUUCAAGAUUUUUGAUGAAUUUUAGCUUAAAAUUAGGAAUUUUCAGCCUGGAAUUAAUUUCAGGUUGAUUUUCUCUGGAAAUCUCAAAAUUUGACUGAAAAUGAUGAAUUUUAAGCUGAAAUUCCGGAUUUUUGAUGAAUUUCAGCUUAAAAAUUAGGAAUUUUUAGCCUGAAAUUAAUUUCAGGUUGAUUUUCUCUGAAAAUCUCAAAAUUUGACUGAAAAUGAUGAAUUUUGAGCUAAAAAUCUGGAUUUUUGAUGGAUUUUAACCUAAAAAUCAUGAAUUCUUGGCCUGAAAUUAAUUUCAGGAUGAUUUUCUUUAGAAAUCUCAAAAUUUGACUGAAAAUAAUGAAUUUUUAGCUGAAAUUCAGGAUUUUUGAUGAAUUUCAGCUUAAAAAUUAGGAAUUUUUAACCUGAAAUUAAUUUCAGGUUGAUUUUCUUUAGAAAUCUGAAAAUUUGACUGAAAAUGAUGAAUUUUAAGCUGAAAUUCAGGAUUUCUGAAGAAUUUUAGCUUAAAAAUUAGGAAUUUUUAGCCUGAAAUUAACUUCAGGUUGAUUUUCUCUGGAAAUCUCAAAAUUUGAUGAAUUUUUAGCUGAAAUUCAAGAUUUCUGAUGAAUUUCAGCUUAAAAAUUAGGAAUUUUCAGCCUGAAAUUGAUUUCAGGAUGAUUUUCUUCAGAAAUCUCAAAAUUUGACUGAAAAUAAUGAAUUUUUAGCUGAAAUUCAGGAUUUUUGAUGGGUUUUAACCUAAAAAUCAUGAAUUCUUGGCCUGAAAUUAAUUUCAGAAUGAUUUUCUUUAGAAAUCUGAAAAUUUGACUGAAAAUGAUGAAUUUUAAGCUGAAAUUCAGGAUUUCUGAAGAAUUUUAGCUUAAAAAUCAGCAAUUUUCAGCAAGAAAUUAUUUUCUGGAUGAUUUUCUUUAGAAGUCUGAAAAUUUGACUGAAAUUGAUAAAUUUUGAGCUGAAAUUCAGGAUUUUUGAUGAAUUUCAGCUUAAAAAUCAAGAUUUUGUAGCCUGAAACUAAUUUCAGGUCAAUUUUUCUCAAAAACCUCGAUUUUCAGAAAAAUCUGGCUCGAUAUGGAUGCUCUAACCGUCGAAAAAUCGAUAUCCGAUGUUCUCAAACUUCCCACAACUGUUCGCGAUUUUUUUGCCACAAUUUUGGACUAA